AUGGGCGCACGGUCAAGGCCUCAGCGCCACGUGCUCAAUUGUUUCUACCAUAUUGUUAGCGUCGGCUACGAGCGUGGCGGCUCACCACAGCCUCCCACGCAUCCUCCAGGCGCGCCAAGUCCCGGCACAGCGCAGAGCGCGGGAGGCCUAUCUCCUACGCAGGACUCGCAACACCCGCCACACUUGCCGCCUGGCUCGCAACCCCCGCACCAGGGAUACCCACCUCCACCCAGGCCACCACAGCCGUCCACACCAAAUGCCCAUGAUCAAGACUCAGAUCUGACCGGUCAGAACAGCAAUGACUCGGGCGGCAGCGGUGGCGCAGGGCGCGCUUCAACGCCGCACUUGAGGCCCACGCCGAGCCCGACCGGCUCGAGUGGCUCACGAUCCAUGUCACCGGCUGUUGGUACGCAGAACGUACCGAUGCCACCGCGACCGUCAUCGUCUCUAUCGGACGGAAGCGGGCCGACGGCGCGUGCGGGCGCGGGCACCGGGCCUCCGCCCUCCGCGGCGCCUCCGCCCGGCGCGAUGCUGCAGCAGCCCUACCACCACGGCUCAUACAAGCCGGCGCCCUACCCGCCGCAGCCGUACCCCUUCCCGCCACGCAACCACCACCCGUACCCGUAUGGCGGGUACCGACCCACGCCGCCGCCACAUCCAUCCCAACAUUAUCCACCGCUCAAGCAAGCGGCCCGGCACAUGGGCCCGCCGGGCGACUCAAUGCCGCCGCCCACCGCGCCGGGCGAGAGCCACGACAACGGCCCCGCGGCGCCGGCCACCGCGCUCGUCACCACCGGCCCGGACGGCGCGCCGCUCGACGAGGGCAGCCAGCAGAGCACGCUCAGUAACGCUUCCGCUGCGUCAGGCGAGGAGCCCUGCGGUACGCCAAAAAGCCGCAAAGAGUACGGCGCGGGCAGCGCGGCGCCGUCGCCGUCGCCGGGCGGCGCGUCGCACUCGUCCGCGCACGACGACUACGACACGACGCCCUCGCCCUGGCCGCGCCCGCCCUCCAGCCCCGUGUUUAACAGUCACAUAGCGCCGGAGUCCUACAGAUCAAAGAAGUCGGACUCGCUGGGCAAGCUGUACGAGAUGGACGACGCGCCGGAGCGGCGCGGGUGGGUGGAGCGGCUGCUGGCCUUCAUGGAGGAGCGGCGCACGCCCAUCGCCGCGUGCCCCACCAUCUCCAAGCAGCCGCUCGACCUGUACCGCCUCUACCUGCUGGUGCGCGACCGCGGCGGCUUCGUCGAGGUGACAAAAAACAAAACGUGGAAGGACAUAGCCGGGCUGCUCGGCAUCGGCGCGUCGUCGUCCGCCGCGUACACGCUGCGCAAGCACUACACGAAGAACCUGCUCGCGUACGAGUGCCACUUCGACCGCGGCGGCAUCGACCCGCAGCCUAUCAUCAACCAGGUGGAAGCGUCCACCAAGAAGAAGAGCGGCAAGUCGAAUAAUACAGCUAGUGCAGGGUCAUCGAAUUCGCAGGAGCAGUUCGGCGGCGGCGGCGCGGGGCAGCCCGCGCCCAUGGACGGCUACCCCGCGCACUACGCGCCCUACCCGCCGCAGCCCGCGCAGCCGCAAGGCGGCGGGCCGGGCGGCGACAUCGCCGCCUCCAACCCGUUCGACGAGCCGCCGGGGCCCAGGCGACCCCCAGGUUACCAACAAGGUUACGGGUAUGAAUAUGGAUCUCCUUAUCCGUCGAAUAGGCCUGUUUACCCACCUUAUGGUCCAGAGGGCGACAGGGGUUACGGCACCGGCGAGUACCGGUACAGCUACGGCGGCUACCGAGCGGGCGCGCCGGCGGGCGGCGCCGCGGCCGCGCCCCCCGCGCCCGCGCCCGCGCAGCCGCCGCCCGCCGCGCCCGCGCACCCCGCGCACCCCGCGCAGCCCUACCCGGAGUACUACCGCCCGCCGCACCCGCACCCCCACCACCAGCACCCGCAGCAUCCGCAACACCCGCAGCACCCGCACCCGCAGCACUCGCCGCAGCAUGAGGGAGGUGCUGGCGGGGGAGCGGCGGCAGCGCCGGCGGGGGCGCCGAGACGUCACCCGGACUUCGCUAAGGAAGGGCCCUAUCCGGGUCCCGGCGCAGGUGCGGCGGGGGCCUCGCGCUUCGCGGGCGGCGCGUGGGGCCCCGGCUACCAGCGGCCCGCGCCGUCGCCCGCGUGGCGGCCCCCCGGGCCCCUGCAGCACCCGCCCAUGCAUCAGCACCAGCCCGCGUGGCCCCAUCCACCCCAUCACCAGCAUCAACCCUACCAUCCGCCGGGCGCAGCGUCUGGCGUGGGUCAAAUCAAGAGGGAGUUAACGUUUCCAGCGGAAUGUGUAGAAGCGACGGUCCCUUCCGCUGAGAAACGGCGGAGACUGACGAAAACUGACGUCGCGCCCGUCGACGCAUGGCGCAUCAUGAUGGCGCUCAAGUCCGGCCUGCUCGCCGAAACGUGCUGGGCCCUCGAUAUCCUGAACAUACUCCUAUUCGACGACAACUGUAUAGGCUACUUCGGCCUCCAGCACAUGCCGGGUCUGCUCGACCUACUACUGGAGCACUUCCACAAGAGCCUCGGCGACGUGUUCGACGCGCCUGCGGCCGAGAGCGAACCGUGGUACGCGCCGCCCGCGAGCCCCGAGCCCGCCGCCAGCGCGCGCCGCGCCGCCGACCCGCCCGACCCCGGCGACCGCGUGCGCCUGCUCGCCGGCGAGAACUACACGCUGCAGUCGCGCCGCCGCCUGCCCGUCACGCUCGCCGCGCGCCCCCACGACGAACUGUUCGCGCCCGACGAACCCGAGCCCGACCGCGCCGUCGACGACGUGCUCGAGCCCUGGCAGCUCGGCGGCGACUCGGCCGCCGCGCACGUCAUGCCCUGCUUCCGCGGCGAGUUCGUGCACCUGCCCUUCGUGCGUGUGCUGCCCGGCCGGCGCGCGCCCUCGCCGCCCGCGCCCGCGCCCGCCGCGCCCGCGCCCGCGCCGCCCGCCUCGCCGCGCGCGCCGCCCGCCCAACCCGACGCGCCCGCCGCCCGCCCCGACGGCGACAACCUCGAGGCCGAGCCCAUGGACAUCGAGCCCGAGAGGCGUCCCGCGCUGCAGGUGCGCGACCCCGCGGGCGUGCUCAAGCGUCGCAAGCUCGAGGACUACGAGGACGAGUGUUACACGCGGGACGAGCCCAGCCUCAACCUGGUCAACGAGACGCGAGACGCCCUUGCCAAGCGGUGUAUCGCCCUAUCGAACAUCCUGCGCGGCCUGACCUUCGUGCCCGGAAACGAAGCGGAGUUUUCGCGGUCGGGCGCUUUCCUCGCACUGGCCGGUAAGCUACUGCUGCUGCACCACGAACACGCACCCCGCGCCGCGCGCGCGCGGGCGUACGAGCGGGCGGCGCGCGACGAGUCGGACGCGGACGCGUGCUGCUCCAGCCUGCGCGGCGAGGGCGAGUGGUGGUGGGACGCGCUGGCGCAGCUGCGCGAGGACGCGCUCGUGUGCUGCGCCAACAUCGCGGGCAGCGUGGAGCUGGCGGGGCAGCCCGAGGCGGUGGCGCGCCCGCUGCUGGACGGACUGCUGCACUGGAGCGUGUGCCCGGCGGCCGUGGCUGGCGACGCGCCGCCCGCCGCCUCGCCCGGCAGCCCGCUGUCGCCGCGGCGGCUCGCGCUGGAGGCGCUGUGCAAGCUGUGUGUGACGGACGCCAACGUGGACCUGGUGCUGGCCACGCCGCCGCGCGGGCGCAUCGCGGCGCUGUGCGCGGGCCUGGCGCGGGACCUGUGUCGCCCCGAGCGGCCCGUGGUGCGCGAAUUCGCCGUCAACCUGCUGCACUACCUGGCGGGCGCCGGCGGCGGCGCGGCGCGCGAGGUGGCGCUGCACGCGCCCGCCGUGGCGCAGCUGGUCGCCUUUAUCGAGCGCGCCGAGCAGACGGCGCUGGGCGUGGCCAACCAGCACGGCGUGGCGGCGCUGCGCGACAACCCCGACGCGAUGGGCACCUCGCUCGACAUGCUGCGGCGCGCGGCCGCCACGCUGCUGCGCCUGGCCGAGCACCCGGAGAACCGCCCGUUGAUCCGUCGCCACGAGCGCCGGCUGCUGUCGCUCGUCAUGAGCCAGAUCCUGGACCAGAAGGUGGCGCACGAGCUGGCUGACGUGUUGUACCACUGCAGCCAGCAGCGCGACGACGCGCGCGCGGACGAGCAG